AAGUCCCGGACCCGGGACCUGUUCCCUGGACGGUUCCCAGGUCGUGAACGGGUCCCGGGUCUCCCGUCCAGCUCCCGCCAGCAGACACGCAGAUAUUUACCUUGGGGGAGGAUGAGGAGGAUGAAGAGGAGAAGUGGCCCCGCGCUCCCGCACGCUCAGCUGCGAGGAAUGCGGGAGAGCAGAGAGGAAGUGGAGGAGGAGCCCGGGCGGCCAGCACGAACCCCUGGCUGAUCAACAGGACCCAAGACAAGCCCCACCGAGCUGCACCGAGGACCGAACCCUCCAGCUGGACCACAACCGAGCUCUGAACAAGGUGAUGGCGGUUUCGGUCUCCAGAGAUCUGACGGUCCAGGUGCUGGAGGACGUGAACGCCGCGAAGCUGACGGACAGACAAAAGGCUCUGAGAGCUGCCAUCCAGAGAGGCGAGCCCAAGUGUCUGGGGGUGAGUCAGGUGAUGCUGGGGCUCAUGGUCUUGUCCUACUCCAUUCCUCUGCACCUGACCGAGUUCACCACCGUGGUCGUCCUGGGCGUUCCCUGGUGGAGCAGCAUAACGUUCAUCACAGCAGGAGUGGUUGCGAUCAUCCUGGACAAACACUGCACCAUGAAGACCCUGUUGGUGUGUUUGGUUGUGAGCAUGGCGUCUGCCGCGCUGUCAGUGGUGGCCGUCAUCAUCUACUCUGUGGACAUCCACAAGCAUCCGGAGACGUCCUGCAUCAAGAGCGAACGUGGCAGUUGCGAUGAAAAGCACUACGCUCUGAUGAGCAAAGGAAUAAAGUCAACACUCCUCCUCUUCACGCUGGCCCAGACAGCCAUUUCCGCCAUCCUCUGCUUCCUCCUCAACAGACAGAGACGCACCUUCGGACAGUACUUCUCUCUCAACGAGCCUUCACUCCACACUCCCACUGCUGUGACAGCGCCCGACCUGAACUGAUCACGUCACCUAUCCCAUCGAUCAUCUUAUUCAGAGGAUUCAUCAGCUGCCUCCUGAUGAGGGUCGUCCAUCGCUUCUGUCUACGAGUGAAUCACUGCUAAGCUGCCGUGCAGACUUCAACUUCCUCCUCCACGUCUUGUUUUUGGGGGCGUGUCCUCUGAGGACGGCGGCUGACAGAUGAGUUUAAAUGAGGACAGCUAACAGGACAAACAGAAGUGACCUUUAACAAACCAAACUGCUUAUAUGUGAAAUCCCCAAGCCUUUCCUGGUGAAGCAGUUACUAACGUUAAUAACUGUGUAACUAACACUGGUAACUAACGCUCACACAGCUGGUAAACAGUCAUGUGCAAAAGUUAGUUCCACGCCUGUAAUACUUUACUUUUCUCCGGGAUUUUGUAAAGUUGUAUAAUGCUGUUAAUCAGUAGUUUGUAUUUGUCAAAAUUACAAGUCAGUAUCUUGUAAUCGUUAGAAAAAGAAAAUACGGUUUUAAAAAAUGAGUGAAAAAAAAAACAAGUUAAUAUGAGAACGACUUGUGUUUAGUUUCAUUUCAUUUUGUUUCAUUUGACUGCAAACACAGACUAUAAAAACUUUCUGCUGCUUCUUCAUCUUUUCUCACAAUCUCUUUGUUUCCCAGAUAAUGUUUUUUAAUCAACAUUUUACACUGAAGUUGUUUGGUUGCACAUGGACUCAUCACUUGUGUUGGUCUUCCUCUGAUUCCUCCUCUGUGCAGAUGUGUAUGUGUGUGUUUUGUAUAAACUCAUAUUGUUGUCCAUUUUAUACGAAUAAAAUCACAAACCAAAUAAAGGAUAUAAUUGCGUUUGUUUUU